AUGACGCCCCCCGAGAGCCAGCGGCUACAACAGCUUCUCCAUGAAGCCAACCUCGGCGACAGGACGCCAAGCCAGCUGCUGCGUCAUAUGCAGCAAUCAUUGGGCAGUAAAGUGGAUGGUCUUGACAGCCUGCUGCUCCGAGAAAUAUUUCUACAGAAAAUCCCCCCGAACGUCAGAAUGGUCAUGACUGCCUCAAAUGAAAACGAUCUAUCCAAGCUGGCUGAGUUAGCCGACAAGCUCAUGGCGGUAGCUCCCACAUCUGUCGCGGCCGUCACAAGCGAACCGUCUCCACAUGAGCAGCUUCGAGAGAUGAAGAACGACAUCUCGCGUCUCGUGGAUUCCGUGGCCGCCGUCCAUACCGCGUCACGGUCAACCAGUCAGAGUGCUACGCAGUCACCUAUGAAGCGCCAGAAACUAUGUUGGUACCAUCGCAAGUUCGGCAACGCUACACGCAAAUGCGUCCUACCCUGCGAGCUCUCGGGAAACGCCCCGGGCAGGCGCUGA